AUGGAUACAGAUAAUUUUUUACCAAAGUUAACCCAAAACUUCCUAGAAAUUUUGGAAGAUGACGAAUAUUAUGAUAUUACUAUUGAAAUUGUUAAAAUCUUGAUCGUUGCCAACGAAUUAGGUCUUCAGGAAGUUUCUAACUAUUUACAAUCUAUUUUGAUUCAAAACAAGGAAAAUUGGUCGGAUGAAAAUUUAAAUCUGAUAUAUCAAACAAGUUUAGAAAGUGAUACUUACCUUGAACUUCAAAAUGUCUGUACAGAAUUGAUUUCAAAAGAUCCAGCAAAGUUCUUUGUAUCACCUUCAAUUCCAAAAAAAGCUUUGGUCUCACUGAUCCAGAAUGAUAACCUCAAAAUGAGUGCAACCAAAGUUUGGGAUUAUGUGCUUAAAUGGGGACUUGCACAGAAUCCCGGGCUUUCUUUGGAUCCUUCUAGCUAUUCACAAGAUGAUUUCAAUAGCUUGAAAGUUUCUUUGCAAGAAUGUAUUCCUCUGAUUAAAUUCCUGGAAUUAACUUCUAAAGAAUUUUUGGAAAAUGUUUAUCCGUAUAAAAGCAUUAUACCCGAAGAAUUGUUCGAUAAAUCAGUUAAAUAUUUGAUGGACGAAUCAAAUAGAAUAGUAAAUUUCGAAUCAAGUAUCCUUACAUUUAACCAUGCAGAAUUAAUCUCAAAAUGGAUCGAUAAAUUAGAAAUUACGAACGAAAUAACUGCUACAUAUGACUUCAAAUUAUUAGCUCGUUUACGAGGUGCGCUUUCAGGUCAAUUAUUUCAUGGAGUUUGUGGUGAUAAGUUUCCGACUGUCUCGAUAAUUAAAGUGAAAGGAAGCGACGAAAUUCUUGGAGGUUAUAAUCCAAUCACAUGGGUUUCUGGUAUAAUUUUCUUUUAUGGCGCAACUAAGGAUAGCUUUAUAUUCUCAUUUAAAGAUAAGAAUGAUAUUAACAAUCAUAUUUUAAGCCGAGUAAAGAAUGAACAACGUUCUAUAUAUAAUCAUUUUAAUUGCGGUCCUGGAUUUGGCUAUUCGGAUCUUAUCAUUAGUCCUGUUUAUGGUAAUAGAUGUAUAAUGUCUGAUUAUGAUAAGCCGAUUAGAGAAACUAACGAUAGCUUUGAAGUAGAGAUUUGUGAACUAUUUUUGCUCACAAAAAAGUGA